AUGGAGGUUCAUUCACAAAUUAUCCAUUGUAAAGCUACUUACAAGGUAACUUCUUUUACUUUUCUUGUGAGUUUUGUAUAUGGAUUUCACACUAUGGUUAAUCAAAGGCCACUUUGGAAUACCAUUAUAGAGCUCAAUGAAAAUGUGUCAUUACCUUGGUUGAUUCUUGGUGACUACAACAAUGUUCUUAAGUUUGAUGAGAAAUGUAAUGGGGCGGAUGUUACCCCUUAUGAAAUUAAAAAUCUUGCAAAUUGUUGCCUUAAAGUGGGUCUUACGGAUGUGCGGUCCAUUGGUUGUUUUUACACGUGGACUAAUGGGUUGGUUUGGAACAAAAUUGAUAGGGCAAUGGUCAAUGAUUUUUGGGUACAAAAUGGGGCAUUUGUUGAAGCAAAUUUCCUACCUUCCGGAUGUCUUUCCGACCACUCCCCUUGCAUUGUCUCUAUAUAUGACCGUAAAUUGAGCAAACUUAAGGGUGCUUUGAAGGAGCUUAAUUUUAAGCAUUUUGGGCAUAUUUCGACUAGAGCAAGUGAGGCCAAAAAUGAUUUAGAGGCUCCCCAAUUACAGUUACAUAAUCAGCCCAUGAAUAUGCAUUUUCAGCUUUUGGUUGCGAAAUUGAGGAAGAAGACCGUUGGUUUAUGUGAAGCGGAACGUAGUUUUUAUUACCAAAAGGCUAAGUACGUCUUUCUUAAGCAAAGUGAUAAAUGCACAAAGUUUUUUCACUCGAUCGUUAAAAGGAAUUCUAGUAGGAAUUUUAUUGAUACUAUACUCAAAGAAGAUGGGAGGUAUACUACAUCACAAGAUCAAGUUGCUAUGGAAUUUGUCAAUUUCUAUACUUCUUUGCUGGGGAAAAAUUGCCCUACUCGGCCUAUUGAGAUGGAUAUUGUUAUUAAUGGUCCCUUGAUUUCUUUGGAACAAGGCAACAAUUUGAUUCGGGACAUUUCUUAUGAGGAAAUUAAAGAUGCUCUUUUUGAUAUUGGAGAUGAAAAGUCUCCCGGAUUGAGACCCAUUUUGGGAGACGUUGUUGAUCAUGCACAAGCCGCUUUUGCGAAAGGUAGGAGUGUCACGGAGAACAUUCAUCUUGCCCAAGAAUUCUUGAGAGACGUUCUUCAUGGGUUGCAAUUUCCCUCGAGAUUUGUUCAUUGGGUUAUGGAAUAUGUCACUUCUACAUCAUAUUCUAUAGCUUUGAAUGGGACUUCGCAUGGUUUUUUCAAAGGUAGGAAAGGUCUUCGGCAAGGUGACCCCCUUUCCCCUUUCUUAUUUGUGCUUUGUAUUGAAUACCUCUCAAGAUUGCUUAAAGCUGCCACGGAUGAUAAUGAUUUCAAUUUUCACCCAAAAUGUGGUUCCCAAAAGAUCACCCAUUUAGCUUUUACGGAUGAUUUGAUGCUAUUUGCUACGGGAGACGUUAUGUUGAAUGUUCUUAAAUCCAACUUGUUUACUGCUGGAAUUCAUGGACAGCUUCUUGAAGAUAUCUUAGGAUUAACAAGCAAGAUUGAACUUAUAAGGCGGUUCUUCAAGGAGUCGAAUAAUAUUUGCCUUCCAAAAGAGGAAGGAGGCCUUGGAUUAAAGGACUUGAAGAGUUGGAAUUUAGCGUUACUUGCUAAAUGCCUUUGGAACAUUCACAAUAAAAAGGACACUCUAUGGAUUCGGUGGGUUCAUCAAAUUUAUCUUAGUGGGACUUGCAUUUGGGAGGUUUGUCCUAGAAAUGAUCAUUCUCCACUCUUCAAGAAACUAUUGGAAAUUAGGGACAUUCUUCUUGUAAAAGAUGCUGCCCAACAGUUUUUAACUAAUGGACAGUAA